AUGGCGUCGGCCGAGCGUCCAACUCUGUUGAACGUUCAUGGAGACGUCCGUCGCGAGAUCCUUUGUCGUGCUCUUGCCUUUGAACCCGACCGCGAAGUCGUAGCUCAAUCCCAAGGGUUUCCUGCUGUGGCGUGGAACAUCUUGCGACACACGAUGGAAAUUAGGUCUCCGAUGCGCCUGCGGUGGUUUGGCAUUCGCUGUGAAGAUGACCCCAUGAGCAACAUAUUUCCGCUCCAACGGGCGCCGCACAAGCACAACGAGAUCUUUCGCGUAUGCAAGCAAUUGCAUCUGGAGGCAAGCGACCUGUUCUUCAAAGUCAACGGCUUCAUCACAAUUCGAGUGGACUCUGGGCAUUUCAAGCUCCUUCGACAGCACUUUCCAGAUCUCCAACGCUGGAACACGGUGAACCCUCCGUGUCAGCCUGUGAUUCAGGUCAUUGUUAGUGUGGCAGGCCAUGAUAAUUCCGAGACAAUAGUCAUCCCUGCAGUCGACCUCCACAUGCUGGGACCUGCCCUUCAUCUCCUUGAGGGGGCUCAAGGCGGACCGUGGCAUCUCGGGACUGUUCUUCUGCAGUUUGCGUCGGAGAGAAGAAUGUGUAACAUACUCCAAUGCAAAGACCGAGAAGCACUGCUGAGACGACUGGAGAACGACCUCCUCUUCUGGAUUGGCCACGGAGUCAACGGCUUUGGCACCUCAAUCGAAGGCGCAGAUGAGAAUGGGAAAUCCAGCUUGACGAGCUCGAUAGCCGCAUACAAUCAAAAAUUGAAGGACAUGACUGCACAGAAGAGAUUUGCGCCGCGGGUAAAGAGAAUGGGAAACGAAUUCAGAGAGGCGUACGCAACAUCCGCAGGUGAUGGGACAUUCUUGGACAUCAAGGACAAGAUUCUGUGUCUUGCUCGUGCGCACAAACAGACAGAUGGAAACCAUGCAUAUCCCGCAAUGAAACACAAGCUCGACUGUAUGCUCGGGUUUGAGAUGUACACCGCGGCCGGGAAGCCUGCGCUGGAUCAGGCGACGGCGAGAUGGCAGCUCUGGUGUGCAAAUCGAGCCCUUUCAUUACCCAGCUUUUUCCCGGACGAAGGAUGGAAAUUGAGACUCGAGGCACAAUGCAUUGUUCUCUUGUCCCGUUUCCCAGACUUGCAAAGAGAACGACUGUGGUGUGUUGAAUCAGUCGUGGGCAGUCUCACACCCAUCGACACACAACUGAGGAUGGAGGUGGAAACCUUGAAAAACUGGGUGAACGUAUACAAGGCGAUCCCUGGAUCCUUUCGUACCCCUGAGAUGUAUAUCAAAUCUCGCGAAGCCAACCGAGAGAUGAUGUCGGCCUUUGGUAAGGUCCACGACUUGCUUGUUCAAAGAAUAUUCGCGCGUUUCGGCGAUGAAACACACAUCCCGCAGCAGGCUCUGGUGACGAGUGAAUGGAAGUGA